AACUGCUCACACGUCACUGGUUAAGGUGGAUCACAACAUGUGCCAAUACCUAUAAAGCUCGAGCGCACGAGAUGCACAGAAGACACAUAGUUCUAAGAGAUUCUCGAAGUUCCACUGGAUAUCUUCACUAUGACUUUACACUCUUCCUGAGAUAUCCAAUGAGCGCGUAAAGGGAUCUUCUUGCGUGUUACACAACUUUUGGAGGCGCUCCAUCAAGAAGAAAUCAUCACUGGAACAACACGCACAGUCACACGUGGAUUCUUUGCUUUCUUUCUUUUCUUUUUUUUUUUUGUGGCUUUGUUCAACGCUGGAGAUGUUCGGGCACGAUAUCUGCCUCGUGUCCGUGUUUCUGGCGGCUGCCGGUGCUGUCUUACCAGCUCUGCUGUUGCUCGCGGUUUCGCGGCUGCUGUGGGAGUUCAGGUGGAGCAUCACCCGGGAUCGGACGUGUAAACUCCCACUCCCGCAGGGCUCUAUGGGCUGGCCGCUGGUAGGAGAAACCUUUCACUGGCUUUUCCAGGGAUCCAGCUUUCACAUCUCCAGACGCGAGAAACACGGAAAUGUUUUUAAAACUCAUCUUUUGGGCAAACCCCUUAUCCGAGUGACCGGUGCAGAAAACAUCCGUAAGAUUCUGCUGGGUGAACACACGCUGGUGUGCACGCAGUGGCCCCAGAGCACACGCAUCAUCCUGGGGCCCAACACUCUGGUAAACUCAGUUGGUGACCUGCACAAGAGGAAGAGAAAAAUCCUUGCAAAAGUGUUUAGUCGUGGGGCGCUGGAGGCCUAUCUGACACGCCUUCAAGAUGUCAUCAAGACUGAAAUUGCUAAGUGGUGCUCCGAGACCGGGUCUGUGGAUGUUUACACCGCAGCCAAGUCACUCACUUUCCGCAUUGCAGUGCGAAUCCUGCUCGGUCUGCGUCUGGAGGAGCAGCAAAUCACUUCUCUCUCCAAAACCUUUGAGCAGCUCAUGAACAACCUCUUUUCUCUUCCUAUUGACACCCCCAUAAGCGGCCUGCGCAAGGGAAUCAGGGCCCGUGAGAUUCUGCACUCUGCCAUGGAGAAGAUCAUAGAGGAGAAACUGAAAAAGCAGCAAACCAGCGAUUAUUGUGAUGCUUUUGACUAUAUGCUGAGCAGUGCGAAGGAAGAUGACUAUGAGCUUACAAUGCAGGAGCUAAAGGAAACUGCAGUAGAGUUAAUCUUUGCUGCUCACUCCACUACGGCCAGCGCAUCAACAUCCCUCAUCCUGCAGCUGCUGCGUCAUCCAGAUGUGAGUGAGCGUGCUAGAGCAGAGCUGGAGAGCGAGGGGCUGAUCGGCGAUGUGCACGGAUACUGCUGCUCUCAUUGCCAUGGGAACGUCGUCAGUGAGGAAAGUGAUGCUGCUGAGAAGAGUACCAGUGAGGGAAGAUCAGCGACGAAUAAAACACUGUGUUUUGAAGCAGGAGACAAGGAAGAGAAGCAUCGCUCUCGCAUCCAUGUUCCUUACCUGAGUUUGGAGAAACUGAGUCAACUUUCUUACCUGGACUGUGUGGUCAAAGAGGUGCUUCGGUUCCUCCCACCAGUGUCUGGUGGAUACAGGACAGCCCUGCAAACAUUUGAAUUAAAUGGUUAUCAGAUCCCGAAGGGCUGGAGCGUCAUGUACAGCAUCCGUGACACGCACGAGACAGCAGAAGCAUAUCAGAACCCAGAGCUCUUCGACCCAGACCGGUUCUGCGCAGAUCGAAACGAGAGCAAAACCGAACGCUUCAGUUAUGUUCCAUUUGGAGGUGGUGUGAGGAGGUGCGUCGGCCGGGAGCUCGCUUUGAUUGUGCUCAAAACUCUUGCGGUGGAGUUGCUCGCCACAGUAGAGUGCACUUUGGCAACAGAAACAUAUCCAAGGAUGCAGACGGUGCCAAUUGUGCAUCCGGUCAAUGGAUUGCAUGUGUUUUUUAACUACAGAACCCACGGGGUUGAGAGAAAUCGGAGGGAAUCCACACAUAUUUAGACAAAAAGCUUCAUUUAGACACUGUACCACAUAGGUUGCCAAUGCAUAGAUGUCAAACUGCUUUUGGGAAACAUAUACAGUUAACAUUAUAAUGUUUAUGUUAAGCAAACCAUCUGGAAAUGGAUGAAAUGAUGAACCUGACCCAUUCAUUAAAUAAUGUGGUCUUGAACUCUUGUUUUUAGUGAACUUGUGGAAAAGGUACAUAUCCACUAGAAUGCAUGUAAAAGUUACUUAAACCUGUGUAAAAGUCUGUUAGGUUUGAUUAGCCAAGCCAUUGUGAUGUGCAUUAGGAAAUCACAAAAAAAAAAAGAAAAGAAAAAGAAAACUUAAAAAAAAAAACUAUAAAAAUAGAAAUGCAUUUAAAUUCAUUUAUUCUUUCAUCUCAGCCGUGUAUGUGAUAUAUAAACAAAACCUGUUUUUGUUUUAUGACAUGAAGUAGGAACACAAAUAAGCUCUAUUUAUAUUUUUUUCUCAAGUGAAUAGGAUAGCUCACUAAAUAAAAACUUAUAUUAUGCCACUUUCUAAUUUCUAGGCCACUGUACUACUAAAAUGACUAGUUAUCUAUACAUGCGGUCCUUGCGGCUCUAGUACUUACAGAAGUUACAUAUUGCUUUAAACCAUGUAAAUAGAUGACUAAUGCAUAGUUAUUUGUGUUUAUCAUGAAUGUAAGCUGUGAAAAAUGACCCUUGCGCUGUGAACUGGGGGAUCAGUUUAAAUACAGGGAAGGAGAAAACAAGCAGCACUUUUUCUCCAAAUUAGGAGUAUAUGUGUAUACAUGUUGUAUAUGUUCAAUACUUGUGUAAUACUUCUUGUAGUUAAUGUGCUCACGUGUUUGUCUUUUUGAAUAGUGCUCAUGUUCAUUUUAUAUCUUUUAUGGUAUCUAUUUUGAAAUGUGUAUUUGGAGCUGUUAUAGUGUUUAAGUUGUUUCUGUUCAAUAAAGAGAUUUGAUGCGUUUAUUUGCA